GCUUCCCCUCUCUAUUUCUCCUACACAAACUUCAGCUAAAAAGAAAAAAAACAAAAGCCCAAAUUAACACAAAUAAACGAAUUACACUUAAUUCCCGAAAAAGAAAGGAAAAGCAAAUCCAAACCAAGGCCGACCUGUAGUUGAAGAAGAUGAAGAGGAAUGGUAAGAUGAUCGGAGGAUCCUACUAUCAAUGGCGGAUAAGUACGGAAUAGCUGUAUAGAGAAUAGGAAGAAAAGCUCUUCUAUAAUUAACAAUACACAUGUCUGUAGGAAUUAAAGAAGCUUAUAGGGUUUUUGGAGAAGAAAUAAACAAAUCGGGAAAGAGAUGAAGGAUCAGGGCAGUGCCACCAAAUUGGUGCUUCGGCGACUGCCUCCAGCGCUCUCGGAGGCGGCGCUGAGGGCGCAGAUCGAGUCGCGCUUCAGCGGCCGCUACAAUUGGCUCGUCUUUCGCCCCGCCCAUACCAGUCUCAUCCAUAGUCACAGCCAGCGGCAUCAGCUCUUUUCCAGGGCAUACAUCCAAAUGAAGACACCAAUAGAUGUUUUUGAAUUUGCCGAUGUGUUUAACGGCCAUGUCUUUGUUGAUGAAAAAGGCACUCAAUGUACAUCCAAAGUUGAAUAUGCACCAUAUCAAGGUGUCCCUGAUACAUCCAAGAAAGAUCCACGUGAAGGCACCAUUGACAAAGAUCCCAAGUACUUGGAGUUUCUUGAGAUGAUAGCCAAACCGGUUGAAAAUCUUCCAAGUGCAGAAAUACAAUUAGACAGAAAAGAAGCUGAAAGGCCAGGUGCUCAAAAGGAUGAUAUGGUUGUCACUCCUUUGAUGGAGUAUGUUCGGCAGAAGCGGGCUGCAAAAAGUGGACUGAGAUUAUCGAGUUCAGGCAGAAAGUCAGGGGGACGGCCCAGAGGAGCGGCUUCAACUGGUUUGAUUAAUAAGAGGGGUAUUGAGAGAGGCAAAAUGAAUAAUGUUGCGUAUGUCAUGAGAGAUAGCACAAGGGGUUCAAGCAACAAGGAGAAACCAACAUGCAUUUUAGUUCAACAGAGGGAUCAACAACAGUGCUGCAUCAAUGAGAUAUCAAUUGAGAAGAGUAGGAAAGAUGUUGAUGGAAAAGAUCGUCAUAAUUGCUCUGAGGGCAUUGAAACACGUGAAGAGGAGGGCAGUAAUUCAGUUAAAAGCAUGCAAGAACCCACAGAUGAAAUGGCAUCUGUUGGGGAUUGUAGUGGGGAAUCUGGAAAGAGACGAUUGCUGCUAUCAAAAGACAGAGAAAAAGAAUUUGCAAAUGGGCCUUCUGGGGGUUUAUCUGUGCCAAAUAGCAUGGAUGUUGGGGUUCAAGUUCAUAAGCGGCAGACAUCCAAUUUCAAAGGUUCUUCUGCACAGCAGACUGGUGGACCAUCAAAUCUGCAAGGUGUGAUGUCUCCUGUGAAAGGAGCUUCUGGUUCCAUGAAUUUCAAGCACAAUCAUCGUUGGGAAUCUAAUGGAAGGGUAGGCAGGGGUACACUUUCAAGCCAAGAUGUUCACAUAUCUGUCAUGUCCACAAACUUGGAGCAGCAAAAUCAAGUGCUGCCUAAUGCUGAAAAGGAUAAGCGACCACCAAGACAUCCUGGCCUUCGAUCUAGUUUGAAAGAUCACAGUUUUGCUAGUUCUUCUGUUGAUGUAGAUGUUAAGAAUUUCCAAGAUGAGAAAAAUAUGUAUGCAACCUCAAAGGAGUUGUACAGUCCAAUUUGCAUGGCAGAAAAACAGGAUAGACGCACAAGAAAUAAGGACAGGCCUGACCGUCCUGUUUGGACUCCUCGUCGUCGUUCUGAUGGCCCACCUGGUUCUGAUGCAGCUCAACACUUACAAGCUGUUCCCGAAGGUGCUUUGAAAAUAGAAAAAACUGAUAAGGGUUUGUCCCGACAAAAGGUUGCAUUGGUAGAAAAAGUAACGGAGGAUACUUUUUUGCAAGUAGAUAAUUCAAGUGACAGUUUUGUGGCUGUACCAGGGAAAUCAUCAUAUGUUGACUUAGGAGGUCCUCAAUCAUCUCGCCGUGCUAAUACUCAUUUGGGAGUUGUAGCCUCGUUGGAUAUUAAUCAGGUAGAUCCAAAAAUUGAAAAUAUCUUGUCAAGUGGAGGUGGAGAUAUUGAAGGUCAAAACAUCAGCCGUACUGCUGUUCUAACUGGGGAAAAUGGAAACCACAGGCAAAUUUUGAGGAGGCCAUCAGCGUCUGUAACAAGGGAGGCAGAUGGAGCAUCUGCAUUAGAAAUGAAACAAAACAAACGGGGUGCUGCUGUAGGCUAUGGAGGUCAAGAGGGUGCCAAAUCUAAGAAUCUCAUAUAAAGGAGAGGGAAUUGGUUCUGGAGAAACCCAAAAUUUCCACUUUCUUGUGAGUUAUACAAGCUUAUGUCCUAAAAGAAUAGUGAAAAGAAAGUUGUAUGCUUCCAGUUGGUAAAGCAAAUCAGAGAUUUCAGGCAUGGAAUAUAAACAUACAGUCUGGGAUGUUUUUGCUGCUAAGUUACUCUACAAUGUGAGCCUGCUUUCUUGUUUUGAACAAGAUGAUAGAAAUGUUGAAGUGGAAAUUGGCAGCUCGCUGUUUUGUGGGAACCAUUUUUUGUUUGGAGGCAAAACCAUUAUUGGUUUAGGUGGGAAAUAUUGAUGUUUGGUCCACCAUGAUGGUGGAUAAAAUCUAUCCUUAUGCUGGUGUGUGAUUUAUGGGGGUGAGUAUCCCAUCAAAGGGCAUCGUUGAUGUGGUUGAUUUUGUUCAUAUCUUCUCAAUAGGCUGCCUAAUUCCAUAGCCUUGAGGAAUAUGUAGUUUCUCUGUUUGAAGAGCUUAUUAUUGUUGAGGAUGACAUAUUUUCUGAUUGAGAUUAUGUUUGGUUUUUGGGCGGAUGACUUACAUGUUGCAGCAGAAAUAUACUCUAGCAAUGUAGGAUCAUACUAUGGAACAUGGUUGCUGGGUUUCAUUUUGUUACCAGACUUGAAGGAUGCAACUUUUUCUGUUGAAUACUCAUUACAUAUGAACAGAUUGUAUAAUUGAGGGACCAUAUUGCUAGUCUGAUCUAUACAGUCACAGAAUUUUACUGAGUUAUUGCCCUCAGCCAAGGAGUUGGAGUUGUCCUCCUAGUAGAUAGUCUUGAUCUUCCUCUUACUGCUCGGACUGAAUUAUUGUAUUGAAAACUGCAACUGUUUAAAAAUAAUGUAAAAGUUGCAGGGUGUGCCAAUAUAAAAGAAGAAAAGCAGUUGGCAAAGUCCACAUUGAAGAACAACACAAGAGUCUACAAGUCCUUUAUAGUGAUUUGUAUGUAAUUUCUGAUCAUAACCUGUUAAUGUGGAUGCCAUGAUGCUAAGCAUUCGGUAUUUAAUGCUACCAGCAAUAAUUAUAGAUAGCUUAUUCUAAA